GAUGCUUGGGCCGAACUGGCCCAGCAGACAUAUUUAACUUCAAACAAAUAAAAAUCUCGAAUCUAAAGUCAUUAGUAGAAGGUCAUCUUAGAGAGUUGAGUUUGCUGAAGCUUUUGUUCAAUUUCAGCUACGAAAUCCUCCUUAAAAGCGACACAGGAGGUAACUUGCUUGGCACGGCUGUAAGCAUGAAUUCAGAAGAAUAUUCAAAGUCUCAUACUAAACCAGUUAUCACUCUAACUGGGACUGCUGAAAAAUGUGCAGUUGGACCGCCUCUUGGUUUGGUUGACAUAGGCGAAAGUGAAAAUGCAUAUCUUUUUCGUGUUGCACUUCCUGGUGUAAGACAUAAAUGUAAUAUAAAAUGUGACAUACAGAGAGAAGGGAGAGUCCGGAUAGAAGGUGUGGUUGCAGAGAGUGAGGUUUUGAAAAAGUCACCCAAGGGUUAUGAGAUGAAAGUUCAGCAGCUUUCUCCUCCUGGUCCUUUUACUGUAUCGUUCAGUUUGCCAGGACCUGUUGAUCCCAGACUAUGUUCCCCACAUUUUAGAGCAGAUGGCAUUCUGGAAGUCAUUGUAAUGAAAUACCGGAUACCUCUUGUUUCAGCUGAAGGUUUGCCUGAGAAUUGGUACAAUGGCUCUUUCCCAGCUCCUUGAAUUCCAGUUGGUCCACCUUCCCCUAAGAAACAUGGGAUUAAUUUGUUUCGUAACUUUUCUCAUUAAUAUAGCACAGCAUUAACAACUUACCAACUUCUGGGGGCCAUACCUGUACAACAAGGGAUUUUGCAUUAUAUGUUUCAUUGGAAAUUUUGGCUAUGCUGACUUGAUUUUGAACCAAGUGUAGUAUUGUGGAAAAAAAAACUUGGAGUAUUGACAUCUUUUCCAUCUUUA